AUGACAAUGAAUAAGACAACAUUCGAAUCAUUAGCAAAUGAAAUAUUUUUUGAUUUAUUUGAAUUAUUUAAUGGAAUUGAUCUUUUUCGAGCUCUUCAUGGUCUCAAUACUCGUUUUAAGUCUUUAUUAUUGAUUUAUUUUCGAAAUAAUCGUAUUGAUUUACGUUCAAUAUUAAAAAAAGAUUUUGAUUUUUUCUGUAAAAAUUAUCUUCCAUCUAUAUUAAAUAAUACAAUUUAUUUACGAAUAUCUAACGAUGAAGACACACCAUUUCAGUGUACGCAUUUUCUAUCAGCUGGUUUUACAUUAGAUCAAUUUAUUAAUCUUCGUUCUCUAACAUUUUAUUGUAUUAAUUCAGAUCAAAAAAUUAAUGAAUCAUUUUUUUUUAAUAUAAAUCGUCUUGAUCAAUUGACAAAUCUUAAAUUUGUUGAGUGUCAAUUGUUUAAUAUCAACAUAGAAAAUUUUGACAAUAUAAUUAAUCAAAUUUGGAAUCUACCAAAAUUAACUCAUUUAUAUUGGGAUUGUAAAUUUAACCUUAAUGUUAUUUCUAUUCCUACUGUUGUAUCAAAAUCUUUGCAAUAUUUAACUGUUUGUAGACCAUAUUGGGAUUCAUCGGAACUUGUUGAUUUCUUUGAAAAAACACCUAACUUAAAAAUAUUCUCAACAUCAUUAGAUAC